CUUUUAAUAUAUGGACGAACGAUCUGAUUACUAAGAUAUUUUAUACACAAUAUUUUUACCGGAACAUCUCAAAGAUGCAACGAAACCAAAAGCAAAAAGUGGUAAGUUGCGCGUGCACUUUAAUAAUAGCAUGCCCAAAUCUGUGUGUCAGUAUACUUAGUAUGAAGAUAACUCACUCUCUUGACACAUUAUGACAAUAGUCAUGCAGGUAUAAUCAUGCGACUGUAAUUUAUGCAUCUGAUGAAAAGGAGUGAAAUAUUUAAGAAAUUCAAAUGCCUUGAAAUGAACCAAGCCAUCGUAAGUACUUUUAUUAUUUCUACAAUGACAUGAAUAUUGCAACACGAGUAACUAAAUAUACUAAAUCAUAAUUAAUGUAAAUGUGCUUUUGCUGGCAGAAAUUUCUAGCUUAUAUUCGGCAUCCAAAACGUAUAUUGACUGUCUAUUUCUAAUAAUAUACACAGGCGGCUGUUUUCUUUGUAAAAUUCGUUUACUCUGAAACAUGUUGUAAAUAUCUGGUAUGAAAUGUGUAAUACAUUGAUAUAGUCAAGAUCUAUCACCUUGCUUAGUCUAGAAGGGUAUGUUUACAUCAUGACAAAGACUUCCUGUGCUUGCGGAAGCGUUGUGGUUCAUGGUGUUAUAUAUUUGAUAGAGACUACAUGUUGAAAUGUUUGAACGAAGAGUACACAAGGCAAGUGUAUUCAAUGACAUGCCAAUUACAAAUUAUGUUGUAUAAAUAGAUUUGUCACAUGUACUUUUAAUGGAUACUUUUUAAACUCGUUAUACUAUAUUGACUAUUGAGCAACUUGUAUUUUGCAGUAUAAGUGUAUAUUAAUAUUUAUAAGUUCUUUGAAUGCUAAAAUUUCAGAGUGCAUUAUUUGUGUACAAAGUUUGAAGGUAGAGGCAUUGCAAUUACAAUGUAGCUUCACAUUGGUCUGUACCAGACUGCAGAGCAGGGCAAGUGCUAGUCUCCUUCGCAGCCGCCAGUUGUGUUAGUGGGAGAGACUAGGGGGCAAGCAGCUGGGCAAGUGCAAGCACAAUAAUUUUUUGUCCAACAAUGUUGCACACUUUUAACUAUAUUUAUGACUACACAACUGUAUUUGUUGCAUAAUAUUGGCAAUUUCCAACAUUAUCAACAUUGGGCUCAUGAGCUGCACACUGGCACAUCUAUGUUUUUGUCUUACACUCCUGGGAUCUCAUCAAAAAUCUACCAUACUUUGCUGCACAGUCAGGCAUGCAAUUCUUUCAAAUGCACAAACAUGCAAGCACAGCUCUCAGACACCUUUUAAAUUUUGCAGGCAUGUUUUGAAAUUCUAAUUUGUUAACACUAUCUAGGUCACAAAAUCUAAACUAAGAUGCUUUUUGCAGGCACAUUUUGAAUUUUGCUCGCAGGCACAAAAUAUAUGCAAGAUUUUAUUCUGUGUUUGUUGUUGGCCUGUUAUCUACUGUUGGUGGAGGACACAAAUUUCCUCUGUAGGGGCUGCUAAUCUUUAUUGGAAUGACCUUAAUACUGUUGCUUGUCUUAGCAUAUUUUGGAUAUAUUCAGUGUAUCAUUUUACAUGGAAUGCACCCUGGACCAGCAAACAUCAUUUGUAGAUCAGAAAACCUGCUUAGUUUAACCCUUUAAGUGGCAAUGUGCCGGAAUGUGCCCUACUUUAUUAUUUUACUCUGUCUUAAAUACCAGGCAAUUUAGGCAUAUUAAUUGUGAAUAGUUUUAUUAAUAAUUAAUAAUGUAUGCUAUGGUACAGAAUUUGGAAGCUAGUUUUAAAUUGUGCAAACAAAAGUUAAAUUUUUAAUUUGUCUGCAAGGUCACUGCUUCCUGUUAGGAAAUACUGAAUGAACUCUGUUAGAAAGUAAAGAAAUAUUUAGAAGAGAUGUUGCCAGUUACCAUUAUAUUACAGUAACUACACUUAUCAUGGGCGUACCGGAAGGAAAAAAUUAGGGAGGCGGAAAGAAAUUUGCCCGACCUUUUCGGAUUGUGCCCGACCAGUGCCGAAAAUUUUUUUUCCGGAACAAUUAAUUUUGGCGACACCCCCCCCUCGUCGCCAAAAAAAUUUCGGUCAGUGUACCAUUUUAGGGGUCCAAAAAUUUUUCGCACAUACCAAAAUUUUUCAGAACAUCAAACAAAUUUUCCUAAACAAAUUUUUUCAAGCACAUGCAACAGUGGAAGUUUUUAUAGUUUUUCAAUAUUAAAUAUUUUAUACUUAUUAACUAAAGUUAUUAUUAAGAGAGAUUUGAUUGCUUUGACUACUUUUUUGCCUUUUUAAUUUCCCACUCUUCGCCCUACUUAUGUUGAACAUUUGCCUGACUUUUCGAAUUUGUAAUCUUUUUUGGGGGGGGGCAGCUGCCCCCUACUGCCCCCCCGUCCCGUAUGCCUAUGACACUUAUUCACAAAAUUGUUAUUUGAGCCUUGAGGGCACCCUUUUGCCUGGGCACUAAGUUGGCUGCUUGGUCAGCUUUGAUGUGCAUUAAGCCUAAAUCCCAGGGUUGUCCAGACCACUGUCCCAUAAAUUUUCUUCCAUCUCCCCCAGCGUUUACACCCAAAUCCGGCCUUGUCAGAAUAGCAUGGUUUUAAAUUACUUUUUUCUGCAUUAGUCAAGCUCUGAUGCUCCGAGCAGGCCUUAAAAUAUAUUUCACAGGGCUGUCUAUCAAAAUGUCCGAUGACUUUGAGUUUGGGGCGGACAUAUGUAUGAUGAUGUCCGAUGUCCAUCAGUUUGGCUCGGAAAUAAGUCGGAAUGACACAAAUUGAUAUCAGCACAAUGUAUUAAUUCUGAAUAAUUUGUGUAAUUCAUACUUAGUUACUUACUGUAUUUCCAAGCCAAAAUUAACUUACUUGCCAAUAACAGCGGCAAGAGUUCGACAACUGAAGCCCGUUUUCCACUUCACCAUUUCAUUCGCUGUCCAGCGCUCGAUUACAUUAAAACAACAUUUUCGGUUAACUUUUUAUACAUUUACUCUGAUUCUCCAUUUAACAUAUGAGCCUCUAGUCCUAUACUACGGUACAUUUUGAUUUACGUCUGACAAAGCUACAGUUCGGUCGGACACCAAUACACUCUGGUCGGACAGAAUGUCCAGUGGUUUCCUCUCUACAUCGGACAAUUUUACGAAUGGUCGGACAAUGCCCGUGAUCGACCGAUAUUUGAAGGCCUGUCCGAUAUUUGAAGGCGUGACCGACCGAUAUUUGCCGUUUCCGAGCUCCUGUGGUCCUAGGAAACCUAGGUGCUUCCCCAGAUUCCAGAGGCUCUACUAUAGUAAUUAAGCCAGGUUUCCAUAUGGUCGUAACGGUUGUAAAGAUAUGUAGAGUCACAUUCUUUCUCACGUAUUUGCAAUGAAAAGUGUUCAAAACCUAAAAUCUUCUUGGCGUUCCUCUCAAAAUUACUUUGUUUUAGCUUUAUUCUCUAGUUUAUAGAGUUAGCAAGCUUUUUAAAUGCAUCUGCCGGUUGAGAAACAUAAAAUAAUAGUCAAUGAUGCAAUAAUCAAUGAUGCUCAGUUAAAAUUGACGCCAUAUUUACAGCCAUAUAAGCAAAACUAACUGAACUUCAGACAUCAUUUUCUCUUUGGCGUAUCAUCUAAAAUCUCUUCAUUUUAGCAUUAUUUUACAGAUAAAGCACUAAGCAUACUUUUUAAGUUUGUUUGACGAUUGAGAAACGUAUCGAAAAAUAAAAAUUUUGAAUUUAGUCAUAACCUCAAGUGAUAUAUUAUACACAUUAGUUUUGAGAGCGUGUUACUUAACAUACCAAACAGGGCGCUUAUAUACCCUGUAUAUAAGCGCCCUGAUACCAAAAAAUUUCUUCUUAAGUAUUCUCUAAUGUUGUAUUUCCGCUGUUCAGAAAGAUCGCAACUCAAUCUUCACGACCGUUACAGCCAUGUGGGAAAAGGCUUUAAUAAUUAUCCAUUCCGAAGUUGAUGAGAGGACUGGGGACGAGUGUUAAAAAGUGCCCAAAUUAAGAAAUGAACCAAAUUACUAAAAAGACCACCUCAAAAUUAGCAAGUAUACAAAGUUUGACGACAUUUACAUGAAUACCCUUCGAAUAAUAAGCUUUCGAAAAUUAUGAAAUUACUGAUUAAAAGAUUGUUUAUGGGACGCGCGUCCCAAAAACAAAAAUUACAAUACAUUUCAUAGUAAAUAUCGGAUUUUCGAAAGCUUAUUAUUCGAAGGAUAUUCAUAUAAACGUCUUCAAACUUUGUAUACUUACUAAUUUUGAGGUGGUCUUUCUAGUGAUUUGGUUCAUUUCUCUGCCCUCUGUUCAAAUCAAAUUGCAAAAUCUGAACCUCGCAUGUGAUUGGUUAUUUGUAAAAAUAUGUCAUACCAGUUUAGGAAAUAAGCAUCGGUACAACAGCUAAUUAUAUAGUCUGCAAACGUACAGUAUAUUACUGUGUUUGGCAUGGUGGCAAACCGCGCAACAACAAAAGAUGACAACAUGUAAACGAUUGAUUUAGUGAAGUAAAUAGUACUUAAUGAACAAUAGUGCUACAAUAUGUUUGUGCUUCAUUAAAUUCGCUCCUUUGCUUGUUGCCGUGUUUUAGUGGUAUUUUCCCCGUUUGGUUAAUUUAACACUUAAUUGCCACCCAUAAAUGGCGGACAAGGUCUGUUAGCCGGACCUACACUCGUGGUUUUAAAAUAACUGAGAAGUAAAAUGCGAGCUAGUCCCUCAUUUCUAGAGAAGAACCUGUGAUGUUAUACUAUUUUACGUUAUAUAGGCCCUCUAAGACCUUUGUUAAUAAGCUCGUGGCCUUCCGUCAACCUUAUAGUGGAAUACCAAAUCCACUAGAUGAAACUAGGCUUGAUCCAGUAUCAUUUACGCUCGUAUUCUAAAAGCUCACUCACACUCAUUAGUCAAUGAGUGCAUGGAAGUUCAUCUGAGCUCUCGAGUGUCAUUGCUGUUUUUGAAUAGCUGGAGGGUUAGUGUCAUACCUUACUAUGUGACUACUCACUCUCCAGCUAUUCAAAAACAGCAUUGACACUCAAGAGAAGCUUAGACUGAACCUCCACUCAUUGAGUGUGAGUGAGCUUUUAGAAUACGGGCGUAAAAGUAUAAUUUCGUAUUAUAGGUCCACGGUGGUUGGCUUACUAAGCAAGGAGGCUUGCUGAAAGCCUGGAGAAGACGAUGGUUUGAAAUUAAAGGAGAUAUAUUGUAUUAUCAUAAAGAACAAGAUGUAAGAAUUGCUCGUUGAUUCAUGAUUGUUUAUUUCCUGUAUUGUUCAGGCAGUGGUAUAGUAUUUACAAUUUAUAGUUUGCUAGGCAGUAGAAAAGAUAUCAGGAUUUAUGGUUGAUUUUCUAACACCUGCAAGAUCACGUUAGCUCUGAUGUUUAUAAUAACAUAAAGAGAAACACCAAACAUACAACUGUACCAAGUUGCUGGUGUUGGUUUUGGUUUUAAUUGGGCUUCGGUGCCGCCAGAGCAAGCGCCUUUCGCUUCUGAGAUGGUGGGUUCGAUUCUCGCUGCGGACUCAUGGCGUGCACUGAAAUGUGAAGAGAAUCAACCAACGCUCUAGCGACAGUCAUGGUUUUUUUUCCGGGUACUCAGCUUUCCUCUGAGAUGGUGGAAGGGGCAGUUAGGGGCUAAUCCCAACCCAUCGCAGCUGUGCCCCGUGAUCAGACAUACGUCAUGAGGUGACAGCCAGAGAUGCCCUUAUAAAGCCUUCGUCUCGAUCAGGUUGAGCUGCGUCCUUCUUCCAAGGUUAAGGAUGUCCUGCUUCCAAGGUUAAGGAUGUCCUGCUUCCAAGGUUAAGGACGCCAUCUUGAAUAUAUUGUUUUCAUCAACGUGUUUGCACCCCUUGCAAAUUUACCUAUAGGGAAUUCCAUUGCACUUGCACCCCUUGCACUAAUUCUGUUUCAUAAUGGCAUUGUUAACCUUGGAAGGGUCUAUUCAGCUUAGCUCCCAGCUGCAAGUAAGGAUGAUGAGCAACCCCCGCACUUACUUAUUCACAUGAUUGGCUGGCUGACAAAGUACCUCACUUGAUCAUAUCAUCCUGCAAUUUAACCAAUCUCUCGCUCAGUUGCAUAAUGCUUUUAACUACAUUUUCAUCACCCGUUUUAUAGUUUAAUUGAAGUUAACGUCUUAACGAUAGUGAUUUAGACCACUGAAAUACCUUUAUACAUAGUGCUUCAGUAUACUUGACAGUAUACAUUAUAGCCACUGUAUAUAAUAACAUACAGUAUUUCGGAAAACGUGACCAAUAUAUGACAUAUAUUGUUUCGGUGUAGUUGACCAGCAUACAGUGCUGUAUUUCGGUAUACUUUAUACGUACAAUAUUAUGGUGUAGCUGACCAGUAUGAUCUAUAUAUUUUAUAAACUUGUAUGUAUAUCGGUGUUGAUGUCGUAAUAGACUACUGGGGCCGGUUGUUCAAAGCUAGGUUAUAGUUUAACCCUAGGUUAACCUAAAAUUCAAAGCAAACUUCCUCACAGUUUGUGUAUGAAUUUGGAAAUAUUCUUCAGAGAUCUUGUCUGGAUCGAUAGGAGUUUACUUCUCUGAAAUUUUGAAAUAAACAGACAUGUAGAAAUACAUAAACUAAAACAGCAGGUUAAAUUUUAACCCAGGGUUAGCGCUAACCCACCUUUGAACAACCGGCCCCUGAUUGUAACAGUCUUAAUUUCUUGCUGGUAGUGCCGCAGGUGCCCAGUCAGCCAGCCAUUCAUCUUAUCCGGGAUUCCAUCCUUCCUUGCAUGUCGUAGUAGCAACCGCACGAACUUCGUUUCGUGAUCCGUUGCAUUAGCUAUAUUUACCAGCAACUUUUAUGUGCUGACAUUCCACAUUCUCACCAGGAUGGAAGGCCUUUGGGAGAAAUUAUGUUACCUGGCAACCAAAUUAUUAAACAUUCAGUCGAUCCACAAAAUGAUCCUGGCAGAUAUAAAAUGGAAAUUAUCCGUAAGUACAAAACAAUUUUUCAAAAUUAAAGUUGGAUUUGUACAUUGUUGCAAGGCAACAACCCCAAAUCAAACAGCAAACGGAGUUGGGGAUACCACAUGACUCAAAACGUAUGUAACGUGUAAACGUAUAAUGUAAGGUAACAUUCUAUAACAACAUGUUCAUAAUUAUAAACAUAAUGUUCUAUAUAAUGUAAUGUUACAGUAAUAUUGUAUAUGUAAAUGUGGUGUACAAUGAAAUGUUUCCUUAUACAAAACUGAUAUUGCAUGUGAUUGGCUUAAAUAUAUUGCAACGUCACUGAAGUGGCGUCAUUCAGAUAUUACACAGCUUUUCGGAACAAUUAAAGUGCUUCGUCCUUUAGAAAACGUCCGUCCAUUUGGAGGACUUUUUGUUAAAAUCUGUAUGUGAUGAUUUGUGUCAUCCGUGCAUAGAUUAUGGCUAACCAUGCAAGGCCAGAUUUUGGUGGAAAUGCUAAGGGAGGUGGAAAUAGGUAGGGCUUAGAACGUAGCCGUCUAAAGUCAACCACGUAACGUAUGCAUGUACUGGACAUAUGUAUUAGUGUAUGUAUGAAUUAUUAGUGUACGACACGUCCAAUUUUGCCCUUCAUUACAUUAGCCCAAAAUUGCUUUCGAAACAUUGCAUUAAAAGGGUACUUGACACAGAGAUGAAUGGCUAUCACGUUUCAAAUUUACAGAAAGACUUUUGUUACAAAGGAAAGCGUAGAUCCUAAGCAACACAUGUACAAAUCACAAACGUUUGAGUCAAAUGUUCACUUUGAUCUAUCAUUUAAUUGACCUUUCCCAAGGGAAGGUACAUGAUAUUUAGAUCAGGUGCAAAAUGAACUCAAAAUCCGGCCAUGUGGCUAACAAUCAAUGAAAAUCCCCAAUGAGCUCAGAUUAUCGACAUCGUAUAAAAUACAGUAAACUAAUUAUUUAGAUUUUAACACAACGUAACAUAGUAUAAUUUAACGUGACAUAAUGUAAUGUAAUGUAUAAUUAAUUUCAUGUACUGUAAUGCGAUGUAAUCAUUGAACUGAAUAGUACAAGUACUAUUGCACGGCUGAGCGUGCUAUAGUUUCUGUACUAUUGCACGGUAGUAAAAUUGGAAUUUUAGUUCCAUAUCACGUGAUCAUAAUCAGCCAAUUAAAUGGUUUCCUACAUUUUCAGCUGGAAUUGAUAAAGAUGGUCCAGUAAACAGUAAUCAUGAAUCGUACCUCCUAUCAGCCUCGUCAGAAAUGGAGAGAGAUAAAUGGAUGCAAGUCAUCGAGAGAAUUAUUUAUGCGGUAAGAAAUUAUUAAACUUCGAUCGUGUAGUAUAGGGCUAAAUCGGGUUAUAAUAGCACCACUCACUAUAUAUUGCCAUUAUACGGUCGAAUAUCACCCAAUAUCAUGAAGAUAUAAAACAUGCCUUUCAUUCCUGAAAUCAUUUUUGAAAUUACGUUCUAGCUUUUGUACACUUUGUAUAUUUUUGUUGAAACUCCAUACUGGGGCAGUGCAUGGUUGAGCUGACAAAUCCCCAUUUCAUCAAUACCUCACUCCUGUUAAAUGCUAUCCAACACUAGCAGACAUGGAUUAGAUUUUGAUUAAGACUGGGCUUAUAUUGACAUGACUUGUGAGUUAUGUUCCAUAAAUUUCAUAGUUAUGUUGCUGUUAUAGCCAAUUGGAGGUGGUAUGUUUGGUAGAAAUUUGGCGGAGACUGUGAUGCACGAGUUUCGUAAAACUGGCGGGUAUAUUCCAAUCUUUGUUGAACGAUGUGUGGAAUUCAUCCGAGAAAAAGGUUUGUUAAUACUUUAACAAAUUGUCCUCAUAAACUGUAAUUCAAUUCACAAUCGGUAUGUUUUCGUUUAGGCCUUAGUGAAGAAGGCUUGUUUAGAUUACCUGGGGAUCAAAAACAAGUGGCACUACUUCGAGAUGCUUUCAAUAAAGGUAAGGACUGGGUAAACUUGAAUUUGAGUUUACUAGCUUCGCCAUAGAUAAUAAGUACAAGAUUACCAGACAUUAAAGACAACACACUUAUAAAGUUACUAAAAUAGAAAAGUACAUGGAGAAAGUGGCAGGGACACCACAACAGCGGCCGGUAGCCAAUUACUCAAUUACUCCAAUUACUUGUUGCAAAACAUGUGAAAAGUUUGACGUUUCUGUAAAUGUUGGCCCACACGCGCCAAAAGUUAAAACAUUGUGACGUGAAAAGAAUGUCUCUUCCUGGGAAGCAAAAUUAUUACUACCAAAUUCAGAACCAUUUUGUUUCGUUGUAUAAUUGCAUUUAUUGUCAAUUCUAAGUUUGAUCUAAAUUAAGCCUUGGACAUACUACAGCCAAUAUUUAUAUUGUAAUCAUUUUAAUAGUCAGAAGUAUUAUUUACUUUAUAAGCCAAUGUUUUUGAUAAAUGUGUCCUUGUUUCCUGGGCCGUAAAGUGCAAUGACGUCAUAUGUCAAUACAAUUUGCGUCUCUGGCACAAUAGCAUGUGAUAUACAGCAUAGAGAUUAUAAAUAACACUAUCAAAUAAUGUGUUAUUUAUAAUCUCUAUGAUAUACAGUACGAUGUGUUUCUAUUUCUAGGAAAAGACCCUGUACUUCCUGGUGAUAUUGACAUUCACACAGUGGCUUCUAUAUUAAAAAUGUACUUGCGAGAGUUGCCCGAGCCUGUAAUACCUUUUGAAAACUUUGGACCUCUUAUUGCAACUAUUGAACGUAAGGAGAUUAUAUAUUGUUGCUUUUCCAUUUCCCCCCACAUUUAAUGCUGAUUUGCUUAAUAAAAUUAUAUCUCCUUUUCCUCAUGGGGUGCGGUUUCCGCACUUCACUGAUGGCUUGUUUUGGAUGUCGAAUUUCCUUCGAAUUUAAUGCAUCUGAAUUUCAGUCGACGGAAUUUCGAAGUUCUGUCAAGCCUGCCGCACUCGAGAGAAACUUACUGAGCUAUCCGCCUCGCGUGGCGGUUAACUCAUGCAAGCUCGUUCAGCUAUGCAUUUUCAUUGCACAGGUUGGGAAAACUACUCGUCAUCAGCAACGUCGUUGGUAAGAUCGCUUGCAUUUCCCUCCAUUGUCGCCAUUUUGACCAAAGUCACGUGAAGAAACUCUAUGGAUUUUCAUUGGCUAGUUAAUUCAACAGCUUAGCAGCUCGCAACAUCCGCAGACGUUGAGAUUUAUUCCUCACGUGGUGAAAAGUGUCAAACACAAUAGAUGUUUUUCUCAGGGUGUCGAGACUUUAAAUCCUCACAAAACUAUCCGCAUACGGGACAAAAUUGCUGCAGAGUUAACCGCCACUUAGCUCACUCAGCAAGGUUCUCUCGUGUGCGGCAGGCUAGUAGUCUUGCGUCGAAUAAAACCAUUUAAGAUUAUUCAUCAGUACUUGUUCUGGAAAUGAGAAUUUGCUGAAACUUCCCAGGGGUGACGUUUAUGAUAUGCUCAUAGUAAAAACAGAAAAAAAUGUUCGAGUCACCGAACUCGUUUCGAAGAUAUGACAUGUCAAGUGCAACAUGCCGCCUUUCCCCCAUAUGGCGCCAUCUUGAUCCUUUUACGAGUUACAGGAACAAUCGCAAUUGCUCAACCUACUAAAAAUGUCUAUCUAGUGAUUAUGUAAUGGUUAGAGCAUGCAUGGUCACGUGUGCUCUAUGGGAUAUAGACUCCCUCGAAUUUUAAAAGGUCACGAUUGGCCGUAGGCCCCGAGUGGCCUUUUAACUAAUUCGAGGGACUCUAUAUCCGAUAGAGCACAAGUGACCAUGCUCUAACAGUCUUAGAGAAUGACUGCAUCCACGAAGGAAUUCAAGGCAUGCAAUUAAAGUUAUAAUAAUGGUUGACGGAAGAAUAAGUUGUGUAUUCGUGCUUACAAUUGCGUACAAACCAACUGUGCGAGAGUGGUUAGUUUUAUUAGCGAACGAUUAUGGCGAGCAGGCCUCGAAAUAAAUCUGGAUGUUAUACCGGUCAUUAUAUGCCGGAUUUUACAUUUAUUCAAACUGUGAAAUUUUACCGGUCGGUGACUGGUGACCGGCACUUAUUUAGGGGCGUGAUGGCGAGAACGAGACAGAAGUACGGCAGUACAAAGUUAUAAAGGGCCAAGCCACUGGGCCUCUAAAUAAGUGCCGGUCACCGGUCACAGACCGGUAAAAUUUCACAGUUUGACAGGCAAAUAUCGUCGCCUGGCGGACAUGUGUGACCGGUAAAUUUUUUAAUAAAAACGUACGUUCAAAAAUGGAGCAGAUUGUUGAUUUCCAAGUUUCCAAAGAAGUGUAUGUCCGUCUAGGGCGCAGGCUAAUAAGGGCGGCGAAGUGACACAUUUUGUCAUACGGAUACGAUAAGGGCUGUUUUCAUGUUACGCGUUUUGCACGCGUGCGACAGAAAAGUUUAAAUCUUUCAUAUUAGUGCAAAUAAGUUAUAACCUUAACAAAUGCGCAUUAAAUCAUACACAAAACUGAAUGCUGUCCUUUUAUAAAUUUAAUUAUUUCAUAAGUAGGAUGUAAAGCGAUUUCAAUUGUGAAAACGCGUAAGCAGCACGCAGCCUUGCAGCAUGCUCGCAACUCAAAUUACAGUUGUCAUUUGCGACUUAACAAGCAAGAAUGGCAAGCAAUUGCUCUGUUUGUCAGCGUCCAAAUACGAAAUAUUCAUGUGUAAAUUGCGCUGUAAUUACUACUUCUACAGCUUUGAUAAACGCCAUGCAUAUUUCUACUUUGUAUACAAAUACAAUUAAAAUACACAAUUGUUUCUAAAGUUACGAGUCACGCCAAAGAUGAGGGGAAAAAAGAAGCUAAGGAGUGACAAUGACCGGCAUAAAUUCCGCCGUGACCGGUAAAUUUAGUGAUCCACCGGUCAUAUAAUGACCGGUAUAACAUCCGGAUUUAUUUCGAGGCCAGGGCCAAGCGAUGAAUUGCUGCAAAAAGUAACAAAUGUCUUACAAACACCAAAGAGUCUAAUUGCAAGUGGAGAAGAAGUAGAAUCCAACGAAGUUGUCGGAAAAAAGAAGUGUGCAAGGAGCAAAGGAAAGACCUAUCGUCUAAAGUGCAGGUGACGUUAACUCAUGGGGAUACUACAUUAAAUUUGAAUUUUGAGUGAAAUGAAAAGUACUGAAUUAUGACUUGAACUACGGCAUAUUGAAGUUAGUAUAUUUGGGUGGGAAUUGGUGUAUGUGCCUGUUAAUGCUAUAAUUAUAACGAAAAUGCUUGUGUUUGUAAAUUUUGGACAACUUGUACUGCUUUAGGUGUGAUUUUUUAUGAAUUCAUUAACCACUCAUUAAUUGAAUUCAUUAGUGACUCUAUAUAGACUCACUAUAGUGACUCUAUAUAUAGAGUCACUAGUGACUCUAUAUAGAGUCAAUAAUGAAUUCAAUAGAGUGGUUAAUGAAUUCAAUAGAGUGGCUAAUGAUUUAAUUAAUCUUUUUAUUAAACCUUUUGUUUUCUGAACCAAACAUUUUCCCUACGCUUCAAAGCCCUCGCCACUUGAUGAUUUAGCACACUGUGAGAUAUAGAGCAAUGAAAUACUCGAAGCUGAUUGGCAGGUGCAGUCAUUCCCUAAAUACAAGAAAGCAUGGUAUUUUAGCAUGGUACAUGCAAAGAUGUCUUUUCCCAUAUUCUCAGACAUGGACAUGUUAUUUUGGGAAGCAUGCGCGAAAAAUGUAAAAUAUUAUAAGUUAUAGAAAGGAUUUUUCUCUUAUUUUCACAUGUGACAUGUAAAACACAUAGAAGAACAAAAAUAUAAAAUAAAAAGUAGAGUCACGGACCUUCUUAAAGAGAUACAAGGGUUAAACAUGCAACAUGAUGUGGUUUAGUAUGGGUUUAAUGUUAGUUGCACCGGAGCCCUAGCCAGCGUUCUGUCAUUUUUGAAGGUAUAUUUCCUGAAGCACGCCUAUACUCAAUGCAGAGUGUUUUUCUCUUUGCCCUUACUCUUUCUUUAUCACUUUACAUUGCAAUUCGACUACAUAUAUUAGCUAGAAUUUGUUAUUAGAUAUAUGCGCGAUAAAAGUGCGCAAUGCAAAACUGAUGAAUCACCUUAAAUCGUUCAUUCCGACUAAAAAAAUCGAUUUUGUCUAAUGCUCAGUAAAAAACAAUGAGUAUAUAAAGAGAAAUGAGCUGUGGGCAUGAGUGUAGAAUGACGCAACAAGUUUGCUAUACUGUACCCAUGGCUCGUUUAUUAUACUUUCCCGAAAUCUCAAAAUUUAAUUUUUCGUUUUUAGUAUACGAACUACAUGAGGAGGAUGCGUUAAGAAAAAUUCGUAAUCAACUCGAAGAAAUACCAAAAAGUAAUUUCAAUUUGUUGAAGUACUUGUGGUAAGUAAGACUUCUUUGUAUAUUUUUCUUUUGUUUGAUAUUCAACAUUCUUGACAAUAUAUUUAAAACCACGAGGCAGACGCAUCAAUACGACUUAAGUGUUAUAUAAUUACUUUUAGUCGUUUUCUUCAUCAAGUCCACGAGCAUUCUGUAGAGAAUAAGAUGACAGCUGAUAACCUUGCAUUAGUAUUUGGACCUAAUAUUCUAAGUCCUGAGGUAAGACAUGCUGCUGUAUCUUCUGUAAUGUAUUCUUAUACACAUAGUAUGUAACAGACCAUGGUAUUUUUUUCAAGGAUCGUUUCUUCCAUGAAUGGCACUUUCCGCGCUGCCCCUUACCGAUGAGUUUAGUCUGCUAUUUACGUACAAUCCAGGCCAAAAUCCUGUGGACAGUUAAUAAUGCUAUGAUUUAUUCCACAACUCCCCCAAAUAAUGUUGAAAUCGUUUAUUUAUACGAUGCCAUUAAAUGAUUGCAUCAUUAUCCAAAAAUGCAUCGCCUUCAUUGUAUACGCAUGCACGUUUGCAUAAAAUGACAAAAGAUAGAACAAGACUUUCGCAGAGCACAUCUUGAUUUACUGGAUGUCUAUUCACUGGAUGAAGAUCUUGAUUUACUGGAUUCCCGGGCUGAAAUUGGCCAAAGGAUAAAAUCCUAUAAAAACACAGCAAACGAUUACAUGACCAAAAUUCCAGCCUGGGCUGAGUUUCAGCACGGGCUGAAAUUUCAGCCUAGUCCGCGUGCAGGCCCAAGGUCUUCCCUUGGGCCUGCACGCGGGCUAAUUUCAGCCCGGUUUAAGCUGCCCAGGCUGAAAUUUCAGCCCGGGCUGAAGGCAUCACGUAAUCGCAAAUAAUUUCAGCCCGGGCUAAAAAACAACCGUUUAAAUGGCUUUAUUUUGCGUGUUUGUCUCAUCUGUAAAUGCUUUACAUAUAACUGCACAGCCUCACACAAGUCAAAUAGUCGACUAAUCCGCGUCUGAUUGCUUCAAAGAAGCGUAACAGGCUUAUUGUCCCAUUUCGUGACACUCAGAUUAUUUCAGCCCGGGCUGACUAUAAAUGUAGCUCUGACUAAACUCAGCUCAGGCUCAAACUGCUCAUGUAAUCGUGAUGCAAUUUCAGCUCGUUUAUCCGGGUUGAAAGUCAGCCCGGGCUGAAAACUCUCCAUGUAAUCAGCCCCUAAGUCUAUAACCAGGUUGCAUGCACACCAUGAAAUCCCCAUAUCAGAUUCUUUGUUGUACUGAUAAAUGUAUGUACAAUUAUUAUUCGUGUAAGUACUGUUUAUUGUACAUUUUUUGCAUUGGACGUCUCUAAUGUUCGCAAUGGUCCAUAUUUUUAAUUCCCAAAUGAUCAAUUAAAUAAGUAAUUAAUCGUUUAGCAACCACGCGUGGAUACUAGUGAAGACAUCAAUAUUUUCUUCUUUGUUUUCGUGUAAUAUAGUCAGAAGCUGAUCCACAAAUGCUGAUGGAAAGUUCAACAUUGAUAAGUAAACUUACCAAAAUAUUCAUUUGCAAACAACAAGUGUUAUUUAAGAAGACUGAAGAUGAAGAAGAAUUUCUACGUCGCAGACGAGAGUAUGUUAAAAUCAGUUCCUCCUGUCUUAUACAUGCAUGUAUAUAGUGUUCGCAACUGCGUUUCGGUACAGUGUUGUACCUUUUUGCUUUGAGUUCUAUUACUUACUAAUAUACUAUUACGCUGUAUCAGUCAAUUCUACUUAAUACCGAUUUGAAACUGGUACUGGAGGGCGUAGUUUUGUACUGUUUUUUAAGUAAGUUCAAUUUAGAUUUGUAAAUUGUGGAUUAUGCACCACAGCACCAGUAAUUUAAUAAGGCCAAUAUUAUACGAGGCAAUACUAGGCAAGUUUUCCAACAUGCAUCGGCAUAAAACCACGUUGUGUGAAAGUAACACUAUAGUAAAUCGGUGAGCUUGGGCUUCUGUCGACUUUUCUGAUAUGUUUCAUUUUCUUUUCUAUGGUAGGUUACGCGAGGAAAAGUCGGCGACGUAAAAUGUUGCACAUAAUAUCAAUUUACCGUGAACAUACGUUUUUCAUACUGUAUAACAUCAUGCCUCUGUGCCAGAAAUUGCAUUGUGUUGCAGGAUUCAGCAAGAAAAUGAGGAGCUUUGUGUAAUACGGGUUUUAUAGAUGAACAAAAUUGCCGGCAAUGGUAAUUUGUCUAAAAGCUUUUAAUCCCUGAAAAAGAUGAACUCUAGCUCUCGACGUAUGCUAAGAAAGACAUAGUAUAAUUAUAACAUAUAAAUGAGUUACAAAUCUAAGCAAACUAUAGCAUCUUUUUUUAAAGGAUACAAAUAUCAAAUAUAUCGCCUUAUCCUUACCUCGUCCUAAUAAUAACCUAUGAAAUCCUAAGAAAGAAGUUUUCGUAAAAGCGACCUAAUUCAAUAUGACAUCAUCUCGGAACAACUACGUGGAAAACAAACCAAUCUAUGAACUGUUCCAUUGUAAUUUUUAUUUAGGCGGGAAGGAAAUCUCAUUGAUCUCACAUAUAUGGAUUCUGCUGGAAGUCCGACCAUUAAUCAUGGAUUUGACUUCAGUAUGUUGAGUCCCACAGAUACUCCUGACACAGUGAAGGAUGACGAUGGUAUUUUUAUUUAUGUUUACUUUGUUAAUAUCUGGAAGAUAUAAAUUUGGAAGAAACAUUCUACACUUAUAGUGUAGUGGUGCCGUCGUGUAAUCACUAUAUAGGCGGAGCUAUACGGCAUGGAGCAAGUUGCAUGUCAAUUCAUGUUUAAUUACAGUAUAUACUGUAAAUGUCUUUUUUGUCUCUCUUUUAAUUUUGUUUUUGUAAUACACGCUCCCGGAAAGAAUGUUACCUUGGCUACAGAACGUCGAUUUCGUUAUUGAGAGGUUGAGCUUCAACUGAUGGCACAUACACGAAAACGAGGGUCUAUAGCCAAUAAAGUGAGAUAUUUUUCCGGAAGGGUGUAUUGUCUUAAAAUGACCCCCCCCCUGCAAUGUUCCAGUUCGUGAUUUCGUAUCGAUAUCAAACACUUUAUAACAAUAGAUACCAAACAACUUUUACUGUACAAACAGUAAAUAACGUAUAUAGCCUCGUGCUUCUAAAGUACUCUCUAGCUCCACGUUACAUAUGUAGUCACGUCCGUGCUAAUGUCAACAGUUUCAGCAUUGCACCCUCUUUGCACAUCCUUUGCCACGACUAACAGGGGUGCAGUCCGGUGCACACCCCCUCAUCCCAUAGUAAAUCCAUCCGUGUCUUAAAUAUAUAAAUUAAGAGACUCUGAUAAUUUUGCGUUCUUACAUAAUAGAUUAAUAUUUGAUCUAUACUAAUCACUAUAUAGUUUAAACAUUCUACUGAGGGUGCAUAUCUGUAUAACAAAUUAUUCUAGAGCCAACCGAUUUUGCUGAACUAGAGAAUGAACUUGAACUUCAACGCAGGCAGUUUGAAGCUGAAAUUGCUCAACUUACUUCAAAAUUAGAAGAUGAAAAGAAAAUUCGAGAUAUGCUAAUAUUACGACUACAAGAUGAAAAAAGAGCAAGGUAUCACCCUUCUUUCACUCAAUAUUUCUGUUCUAAACGUCAUGCAGGACUCUCGGAAUCGUCCUUUCCGAUGUCCUAGGAAACGACGGCCCAUCCCAAUUUUAUUACCUUCAAUUUAUUUGUAGAGUUGCUGUUGAAGAAAGACUUGAAUUACUGGAGAGUGGAAUAGACGAAUUAAUUGCGUCAAUGAGUACUAGCACAACAUUAAAAGAACGUUUGUCUGCUUACAGGGAACCUAAUGAAUAAUUAGUAUGUGGUUGGGUAACGUACUUAUAGGACGAACUUCUGAAUCCGAAAACUAUUUUUUGUAUAAAUAUCAAACUUAUUGCAUGGGUGAGUACUCGCUAGCCUAAACAUUCAAAGGUCGACCUUUUGAUAAGCGAGUUUACGUGUUGUAUACUGUAGAAUAUGUGACUUCAAUGCCAAUUUUAUGACUGAUUUAUAAUCACAUAACAAGAAUAAACCAAACAUUAAAUACUAGUAUAUGAUAACCAUGGCCUUAGGAUUAUCGUAUUUAUUCUUACGCUGCAUGGGUCUGAAUCUAAUUGUACGUUGUGAUAAUGUGAUUGGUUUGUUCUCGUCACGUGCAUUGCUAUUCUUGGGUUUCACUACGGCAUUAUGCAGUGAAUCUGACGGGGGUCAAACUCAAAUGUAUUGAUGCUUAUGCUGUACUGAAGUGAGAAAAUGAUACGAAAUUCCAUGUAUUUGCCACCAAACACAAGGCUAAUACAUAAAACGAACAAUCGACUCACUCAGUCACUCUGAUAACUGUGUUUUGUUUUAGAGUUGACCCCCGUCACUUUUGUGACGUCAUAUGAAACCCAAGAAUAGCGUUAUAAAAGUUAUAAAUUUUCUAUCUGUCUAAGCUUGUCCAUCACUGAUUGUCUACAUGUAACUCACCAUGCUUACAAACCAAUGCAACGGAAUAACAGCAGACGUUAGCUGGUAUAUACAUCACUUGCAUGGUGUGUCCAAGCUGUCUUUCGAGAAAAAUAAUUUCAAAAUGCAGUAGUUGGAUUAGAAAUUGGGGAAAUAUUGGGAUCUGUGAGAGAGGAAAUAGAGUUGCUUCGCGAAGAAAAAUAUCCUUGGUAUCAAAACGCGCCCCUCCCCCCGGCAAAAAUGACAUGACGUUGUAAUUGGUUUUGUCAUAGGUUUCAUGCACCACCUCGUAUCAUCAUAGUUCCGCAUGCUGCGUUUCAUUUGCUGAUGCCCUGAAUACGAGGUAUUUUCAUUCCUUGGUAAUAUUCUUAUGUUUCGCGCACGAAUAUAUUUCUCUUUGAUCUUGACCCAAUCCGGAUCCUAGCCCCUUCUCUUUGAUCUUGACCCAAUCCGGAUCCCAGCCCCUUCUCUAACCCUAACCCUAUUGUGCGCGAAACAUGAGGAUAUUUACACCACCGCUAUGUCACCUCCCACAGACUAUAGACUUAAUAUUAAUUUGAUUGGUUAAUCGGGUAGAUUAUAUGCCUCUGAUUGGUUAAUGGUAACGGUAGUGGAAGACUGGAAAUAUAUAGUAACUCUAUACAGUAACUAUAUUGUGUUGAAGAGACAUUGUAAUAUAUAAAUAUGAACAUGAAUAUAAUAAAUGAA